CGUUUACAUAUUUGGAUAGAGCAACUAUUUUCACCAAUAACUGUUUAGUUUCAAGUUUUUGAAUGACUCUUUCUUGGUGAAAACCUGCAAACUAUCAAUUGGACUGACCUUGACCGGAUAUCUUUGAAUCUCGAAAUUAGUUUGCAUUAAUUCGAAAGUAUUUAAAAGUUCGAAUGGGUAUACAACAUGAGAAUGAAUAGACCACCGAACAACAUAUUAAUGAUGAUAAAUAAAUUACCAGAGACAGACAACAGCUGCGGACCAUGCAAGAAUAGUGUUGGACUUUUAAACGUAGGACUAUCUUUUCAUGUGUAAUAAACAAACAGUUCAAGCAAGCUUUCUUUCAGAAACUGCACUUACUAAUAUUGAUCUUUUCGAGAAUUUUAGUGUUCAGUCGAAUUAUCAUAUUCUAAUACGGAACAACUGAACACAUCGCUAGAUUAUUUUAAAAAUAUCUUGAAGAGAAACACAUUAUCACCUUUAUUUAAAGCAGCUAGUUAUCUUAAUAUGGGAAUCAUAUCAAACAAUGGUGACGCAUUAAAUUACAUUUCAAAAGCUUUAGAGAUCUACAAUCAAACACUACCACCUGAUUAUCGAGUUAUUGCCCGCUGUUAUCUUGAAAUAGCAAAAUGGAAUGAUAAGAAAUCCGUAAAAUGGAAUGGCGACACAGAUAAUUAUAAAAGAGCUCUAGAUAGUUAUCUUACACAUUUCAGCAAUACUACUGAAGAGACAAACCAGAUUCUUCUUCGAUGUUAUGAAGAAAUUGAAAUGACCUAUUUACGUGAAUUCGAAUAUGAUAAAGUAAUAGAAUGUUAUCACAAAUGUAUUGAAUACUUUCCAUUCGCUAAUUUUCAUGCAUCACUUGCUCAAGUAUAUACUAUACAAAAACAAUACAACUUAGCUAUAGAACAUCUAAAUAUAGCUCGAGCCAGUUGUGAUCCGAUAAAAGAUUGUUUAUUUAUCCAAGAUUAUUUGAAUAAAAUCGGUAUUAUUUACUACAAAAUAAAUGAGUACAAAAAUUCGAUAGAAUAUUUAGAAAUGUCGUUAGCAAAUGAUAUUGCUUACCCUACUGAGUAUGAACGUUUUCCAAAAUUAAUUCAACUACAAGACAAAGUUGCUUUGGACGUAUAUCAAGAUAUUGGUAAAAAAUAUUUUGAAGAAAAAAAUUAUUUUCAAGCAUUGCUUACAUAUAGAAACGCUUUAAUUAAAAUAAUAAAAUAUGUACCAUUAUUUCAAGAUUAUAUCAUUAGUUUAUUAGAGUCGAUCGAUGAUACACGUCAAAAAAUACGGCCCAGUAAGUGUCAUCUACAUGAAUAUCAAGAAUUCCUAAAAUUAUUAAAAAAAUAUAAAAUGGUACAGAGUCAUGAAAUGAAACAAAUGUAUGAAGCUGAUGUGACAAAAUAUUUAGUUCGAACACUUCAGGAUAAUUAUAUAUUUUUAUGUUGUCAUGAGAACAAUGAUCAUAAAAAGUUAAUGUAUUAUAAAGUAAUAUUGGAUAACUACAAUGAAGAUCAGUACCUUUUCUCGUUACCUUCUAAUGAAGUAGGAUUUAGUACUAUCAAAGAAUGUCUAAAGAAUAUAAAAAUCCUUUACAGCCAAGUAACAAAUACGAAGCAAAAAGAUUUAGAACUUCACGAAUGGCACAACGUUUUGCAUGGCUAUCUUAAAAAUCAUGCAGACACUGAAAUACUAACAGAUGAUAAAUUCAACGAAUUACAUAACAAAAAGUUGUUUAGUGAACUGAGACGGAAAAAUAGGUCUAUUAGUCAUACAUAUCUGGGUAAUAUUUAUAAAUGUCAAAGUAAUUACGAUCAAGCUAAAUCCCACUACGACCUUGCAUUAGAUUAUUACAACACAUUCAAAAGACUUUUUUAUAUUGAAAUAGUAACACUGGAAGCAAAUAUUGGUGAUAUUUGUAGGGAAAGUAGGAACGACAAAUCUAAUCCAAAUGACUGGUAUGAAAAGGCGAUAUCAACGUUAGCAUGUGCUUCAUUUUAA